ACAGAAAUGGGGUAAAAGCUGUAUGGUAAGUCCGGUUCAAUUUUUUGUUUUUUUGAAAUGAACCGGCACUUUUUAGGUUUUAGAAUCCAUUUUUUGAAGCAUAAAAAGCAAGCUUCUCACACUCAAAAUCGAUUCUGAGAAAAAGGAGCAGAAUGAAGGUUCCACUUAAGUUCGGAAGGGCAAAACCGAAAUUUGCGGUCAAAACAUAAGAAAAUGGUAAGCAGCACACCCUAUUUCUUCUUUCUUGGAAAUCCUGGAGAGAAGCAGAGCCAAACCAAAUCGGGAAGUGGAUGCUCCAGCUGUCGACGAGAAUCGAGAGAAAGAAGCUUCUUCGCCUGCCGUGGACGAGAAACUGUAUUCAGGUCGAGGGUUUUGGACUCCUCUGUGCACGAAGACGCACAAGAUCUGCGAGGUUUCUUCUGUCACUUCAGUGGGGUUUGAACUUUGCUCAGAGUUUUGGUUCUUUGAAGAAGCGCUUUCCAAUUCUCAGCAAAAUGCCAUGUUUUCCACUGAACACCCAAACAUGCAUCGUCAUUGUUUGGUGUGCACUUCACAACUUCAUUCGGGAGGAAGAAAUUGCAGACAAGAAUUUUAAGGAGUUUGGUGAAAAUUGGUGGAAUGAGGAGCCUGAAGAAAUUCAAGAUUAUGUACCACCGGCUCACAUUAGUAUAAGCUUAGCAGAAAGAAGAAGAUAGAUGGAUGAUCUUAGGAAAAAGAUUGCAAAUGAGUUAGCUGUUAAAGCCGGAAUGGCUCAAAUUACAUGAUUAUAUUUUGAUUAUUGGAUUUAAACUUUGGAGUAGUGGGACAUGUUUUGCAGUUAAGAAUUAAGUUCGAAGACCUAAUUUAUGCCCUUAAGUUCAUAAUUAGAUACUUUAAGAAUUAUGUCAAUACUUGAAUUUAUUCUUGUUCAUACUUUUAUGUUAUUAUGAUAGAUCAUAUUUUUGUUGAAACA